CUGGAAAAUCUGCAGCCUGAGAUUAAAACGCUCGCUGAGCGUCUUCGCUAUGAAGUUGCUGUGCGUGCAAAGCAAGUGGGUUGGUCUGAGAAGGCAGCCAGGUUCCAUUUCAAGAAGAACCUGCGGAGGAUUAUCACAGAGCUGUACGUUCGAGACAACUGCCAUCCCUUCAAGGCCACACUCCUGGUGUGGGUGCAGGUCCCAAUGUGGGUUUGCGUCUCCCUCGCCCUGCGCAACUGCAGCGUCGGUGCCGUGGACUCAGCAGUGCAGGAGGAGUUUUCGGCAGGGGGAGUGCUGUGGUUUACGGACCUCACGGCACCGGACUCCACGUGGGUUUUGCCAGUCGCGCUCGGGCUCGUGAAUCUGCUGAUAGUGGAGAUCUUUGCCUCACAAAAAGUGGAGGUUUCCAGGUUGCAGAAGCUUGUGACAAAUUUCUUUCGAGUGGUGUCGGUCGUCAUGAUCCCUGUGGCUGCAUCAGUCCCCUCUGCCAUGGUGCUGUACUGGCUGUCCUCCAGCUUCGUGGGGCUCCUGCACAACCUGCUGCUGCGCUCGCCCACGUUUCGGCGGCUGUGCCGCGUACCAAGGACCACAUCCGACUCGGCCACUCCGUACAGGGACAUCGUGUCCGCCUUGGCGACCAGAUACGGAUUUAAGAAGUGA